AUGAACCCGAAGGUCAUCGUUGACGAUAUUGCCCAUCGCCAUGCUUGGGCUUCAGGCCGAAAAGGUACGACGACAUCUAAGAGCACACUUCUCGCUGGGUGUCUGCCGCCCUGCUCUUGCGUUUUCUAUGACAUCGUCUUGGUAUCCAUUUUGCGGCAGCGCAUUGAAUUCGACAUAGACGUGGACACUGACUCUAUUCGCCCCAAAGGGCUACAUCCGUAUCAAGAGGUCCUUAUCCCAAGAAAGCUCCACCCGCAGACGAGAUUUUGUCUGAACCUGGAAACCUUAACCACGCCAAAGCCAGUUCCAGCGGGAUUUGCGAUAUCCAUGGGAGGACGUACAGACGCAGAAUGGUCAGUCAAUUUGAUUUGUCGUCGCGAUCACGUGAGCGGCGCGUAUCCUUAG